AUGCGCUACCAUCGUUGGCGAUUCUGCCUCACGGAUGAAAGUAAGAGUUUUAUUUAUAUAUUGCUUCACCUAUACCGCCAAGAAAUUUUUUUGAACCAGUCUAUCAAUUCUUUUCAGUUCACACGAACGAAAAUAAGACAAUCUAUUUCAGACACUUACAUAUGCAAUCACUGCCCGGCCACUUUUGAAAUGUUGCGUUACUUAGAUGAACACAAGAUAAAGAAGCACAGAAUAUCUACAAGUUGUGUGGACCUGUCUAUUCCUGGUAAACUUUUUUUUUUGAAAAAUAAAAUAAACUUUAAUUAUUUGAAAAUUAGUGAAGUUGAGUGAUUCCCUGUUUGGAGUGUCUUCAUCGUUUCUCUCUUUACAGAGUCGCUGAAGGAAACUUGGCGGGAGCAUUUCCAAAGAUAUCCUCCUACGCAAGGACAAGUAAGUUUCCACGAUCUUAACUCUGCUUGAAAUGAAAUGAUUUUUCUAUAACAGGAGAAAAAAAUAGUCUUCAUGGAUGAGCUAUUAUUUUUAUAGUUUCUUACUAGGGAACUUCGCGAAGUCGUAUUUGCAAAUCGAGUUCAAAUUUUUAGUGGUUCAUAGACCGAAGUCAGAAUAAUUAGAAACAAGAAAAAAAUAUCUGCUUAACUAAUAGAGAGAUGAGAAAAAAAUUUAUAGAAAAAUGUGCAGAUUAGGCCUGAAAGUUUUCAGAAUACUGCUUUUUAUCUUAUUUUAUGUUUUGAUACAAUCGCCUUGAAUGAUCCGGCUAAACACUAAAAAACUUUUCUCCAGCCAAAAAAGAACAAGAAAAGCAGAAAUUUGCGGGAGAUUGCGUAGUUUCCUAUUUAGAAGAACGAACAGUUUUUUCUGUGUUUAUUUGCUCACGGAAACAAAAUUCAAGCCGGAAAAAAUAGUUACAUUUUGAGUGACUGCGUACGAUUGCAUUGCGUAAGAUAUAAGUUGAAAAGUAUGUUGUUGUGCGUCACAGUGCCAGCCAUUAUGCUUGUGCGCACAUCAAAGUUAUGACCGUAAUCAGUUCAUUUUUUCCAGGAUCUCGCCACUUUCAAUUUUAAUUUUGGACAAAAGAACGGCAACGAGACCUCUGAGCCAUCUUCUUCAGCGGAUACUGAGAAGAAAGGAAAUCAACGCCAUCCCUUGGUUUGAUUUUUUCCAAUAAAGCUACUUGCAUAGUAAAAACGCGAAUUGCAAAAGUCAAACAAAAUUUGGGAAAAGAAUUGAAUGUUCCUCAUAAAUGAUCAACACUUUUCAACUUUUACAGAAGCGAACUCAGAAAAAUAAGGAGCGAGGAGGGGUCAAAAAGCAAAAAAUGUCGAAUGGGGCUGCUGCGGUCCCGGAUCAGGUAUUUGAUCUCAGUAGGUAUUAAAAAAAUAUUCGUCUCAGAUCGCUAUUUCGUUAAAGGCUCCGCGACCAACUCGGUCCUCAUUCCCCAUAAAUUAUGCUCACAGGGAAAAACUUCAUGGAGAAGUGAGUUUUCAGUAAAAAAAAAUCUCUCAGAUUCUAUUUCAAUAUGAAAGUUUUUCACGAAAAUAGCCUGUUUUGAAUAAAUUUCGAGUCGAAUGAUACUUGCAGGUGAGCGUUCAACAUUAUAAAAGGCGCUACUUAGGAAAUUAAAAGGGAUUUUUUCAGGAAUACCCUGCUACUAAAUAUGAUGAUCCUGGAUUAGAAAGAGUCGAAGAUGGGGAGACGGAUGAAGAAUGGUCUGACGUGGAAGCUGCCGAUUCGGAUGUCUCUUCUGGCGAAGAUUACGAGUCGGACAAAGACGAGGUGCAGAAACAGAUCGCCCAAUUCCAAUAUGCGGAAGAAGUCGAUCCUUCGGACGACAAGAAAGACAAGGACUACGAAUAUGUUAGCGAUUCUGUGAGUUUUUAGUGAUGUCAAGGUUGGAAAGACGAACUUGUAUUUUCAUACCAGUCUCAUUUCGAAGAUGUUCUUAGAGGCUGUAGAAGGGUUCAACGAUUUUGUUUCAGGACGAAGACGACGACGAUGCGUACAACAACGCUGUCCCAGUCGGUUCCUUCGGAAGAAAAAGAAAAUAUUUGGUUAGCAACCUCAAAGGUUACAUUGAUUCAAUUUUUUCAGACUCGUACGUCUAACCAGAAUGUGAAGAACUAG